ACUCCUACUCUGGCUUCCGGACGCCAAGACAGACCGCUGCCGCCGAAUUUAAAGAGACAGGCUAUAGUUAUUUUAAAUACGAUAAACGGCAACCAUUGUCCCUUUGCUUUUUUUUCCUGACGUCUCUUGCCUGAGAUUGUUUCAUUCGAUGGUGAUGUUUAAUCAAAGUCGCAGCGAGUAGCAGCUUGUCUGUCAUCACCAUCCACUCUGCUGGAUUUUCCGUCCUUUUGCGCUGUGCCGAGACUGUCCAGCCAGGCAAAGUAGGGUUCGCUUUGCAGGCAGGCUGGCUUCCCGACCGAGAGGAAGGUUUGUCGGCUAGCCAACAACUGGAGGUAACACCGAAGCUUCCCUCUCAAGUUGUGGCGGCGGCUCACAAGCCUCCUGUCGCCGGGAUAAUGGCGAAGAUUCAGGCGCACAGCACCGCGAAGCAAAUAAACCAAAUCCAAGACAAGCCUUACGUUAUAACACAAAAGCAAGUGCAGCAGCAGCACUUCCAGAAGCUGAAGGUUGAAGAUGCCUUGUCAUACCUGGACCAAGUCAAGAUUCGUUUCGCAAAUGAUCCUGGAAUAUACAACAAGUUUCUCGACAUCAUGAAGGAGUUCAAGUCACAGAGCAUCGACACACCAGGGGUGAUAAACCGCGUGUCUCAACUCUUUCACGGACACCCAGACCUAGUCUUGGGCUUCAAUGCCUUCCUACCACCAGGGUAUCGGAUAGAGGUCCCCAAGAAUGGGGUGGCUUUCCUCCAAUCUCCAUUCUCCACACAGGUCUCCCCAGGCCAGCAGGGGAAGAGUCUUACCACCUCUGCAGUGACGGCAACCUCAGGUAGUGCCUCUGCAGCCCCAACAGAGACUGGACCUGCCCAGACAACUGAAGUGAAGACGGCCUCAUCGGAUUCUACGUCUUCGUCGACUCCAGCGGGACCCCCAGAGCCACCAAGCAGGCUUUCUCUUCCUCUGAUGAGCAGAGAAAGUCAGAAUCAGGCAACCACUUCAUCUGUAUCCCCACCUGCCUCAGAGACCAGCCCCGUAGAGUUUGACAGUGCCAUCAGCUACGUAAACAAGAUCAAAAACCGCUUCCUGGACCAUCCAGAGAUCUACAGAGCCUUCCUAGAGAUUCUUCACACAUAUCAGUUCCUCAUCUGUGAUCACCGUUUUCCUCUUCCCACCCCUCAGAAGGAGCAGCUGGAGGUGAAAGAGAGUCGAGGUAGCCGGGGCAGCAGUGGGAUGACAGAAGAUGAGGUGUUUUCUAAAGUUGCAAGUCUUUUCAAGGGGCAAGAAGACCUGCUGGCUGAGUUUGGACAAUUCUUACCUGAUGCCAAGAGAUCACUGUUCACAGGGAGCUCGCUGACGGGAGGGAAAGAGCAGCUAAAAAGGCCAGAGGAAGAGGACACGAUAUCCAAACAGAACAAAAAGAGGCCCCGGCCCAUCCUCUUGCAGCACAUGUCCCCGCUGCUCAAGAAAAAAAUGAAGUAUUCCUGUACCAAAGAUCAGUCCUUUGCUUCAGUUGGAAAACACGGCGUCUUAAGAGAAUUCUCCUUCUUUGAUAAGGUUCGUCGUCUGUUUAAGAGCCAGGAAGUGUACGAGAACUUCCUGCGCUGCAUCGCCUUGUUUAACCAGGAAGUAGUUUCGGGAGCGGAGCUGCUACAGCUCGUCACUCCUUUCUUGGGGAAGUUUCCUGAACUGUACACACAGUUCAAGUCGUUUCUGGGGGACAAAGAGCUCUCUCAUGCUGUGUCAGGGCUGUCGGAUCGCUACAUGGAGGGGGGAGGGGGCCGGGAGGUGGAUUAUGCUUCAUGCAAACGCCUUGGGUCCAGCUACAGAGCCCUGCCCAAGACCUACCAGCAGCCUAAAUGCAGUGGACGUACCGCCCUUUGCAAGGAGGUGUUGAACGACACCUGGGUGUCAUUCCCCUCUUGGUCAGAAGACUCCACCUUCGUCAGCUCAAAGAAGACUCCUUAUGAGGAACAGCUGCAUCGCUGCGAGGAUGAAAGAUUUGAAUUGGACGUCGUUCUGGAGACAAACCUGGCCACCAUCAGGGUGCUGGAGAGCGUCCAGAAGAAGCUCUCCCGUCUUUCUCCUGAGGACCAGGACAGAUUUCGGUUAGACGACUGCCUCGGCGGCACGUCUGAGGUCAUCCAGCGGCGCGCUGUGUAUCGUAUCUAUGGUGACAAAGCUCCUGAGAUCAUUGAGGGACUAAAGAGGAGUCCUGCUACCGCUGUGCCUGUUGUCCUCAAGAGGUUGAAAGCCAAGGAGGAGGAGUGGAGAGAGGCCCAACAGGGCUUCAAUAAAAUAUGGAGGGAGCAGUACGAGAAGGCAUACCUGAAGUCCCUCGACCACCAAGGAGUCAACUUCAAACAGAACGACAUGAAGGCCCUCCGGUCCAAGAGUCUGCUCAAUGAGAUUGAGAGUGUCUACGAUGAGCGACAAGAGCAGAGCACAGAAGAAGGCGGCGUUGGACAGCAGGGGCGUAACGGCUCUGGUGCUGCCUCAUCCAACGAGCCUCACAUGGUGUUUACGUAUGAAGACAAACAGAUCCUGGAGGACGCCGCCUCGCUCAUCAUCUACCACGUCAAACGUCAGCCCACCAUCCACAAAGACGACAAGGACCACAUCAAGCGCAUCAUCCAGCACUUUGUUCCCGACCUGUUCUUCUCUCGUCGAGGCGAGCUCAGCGAUACUGAAGACUGGACUGAUGAGGAGGCUGAGCCUGAGGACGGGGCUGAGAGAGGAGGAGUUGGAGGAAGUGGAAAUGGAGCAGCACCAGCAGCAGUAGGAGGGGGAGGAGGAGGAGGAGGAAAUGGUAAUUCAAGUAAUCCACCAGGAGCAGCAGCAGCCACAGGUGGUCAGUCUCAAGUCCAACCUGUCCAGUCACAGCCCCAGAUCCUGUCCCAACCUCAGCAGCAGCAGCUCAACGGGGAGUCCAGACGGAGGCGCUGUAGCCCAUCCCAAACUGCAGACAUGGAGGCCUCCACCACCUCCACUAGUAUGAUCCAGCCUCCAGGCAACCCCCCAUCCACCCCUGUAACUACACCUAUGGAGACAAGUUCAGGUGUACCAGGAGAGAAGGUGGACCUGCGCGACCCUGAAGCAGAGCACCAGAAGGAGCUGGAUGGCGUCUACAACCUUUACUACGUCAACAACAACUGGUAUUUCUUCCUGCGGCUGCACCAGACCCUGUGUUCACGGCUGCUGCGGGUUUACCGACAGGCAGAACGGCAGCUGCUGGAGCACAGAGCGGAGCAGAGCCGGGAGAGGCUGUUAAUGGCGGAGGGGAGGAGAGAAAAAGCAUGUGACCUCGCCAUGGAGCUGCGCCUCAAACAACCCAGUGAGGUGGAGCUAGAGGAGUACUACCCUGCUUUCUUGGAUAUGGUCCGCAGUCUGCUGGAUGGAAACCUGGACUCCACACAGUAUGAAGACACACUGAGAGAGAUGUUCACCAUCAACGCCUACAUCGGCUUUACCAUUGACAAGGUCAUCCACAACAUCAUUCGGCAGCUGCAGCACCUAGUGAGCGACGAGGUGUGUCUGCAGGUGGUGGAUCUUUACCUGGCUGAGAGGAAGAGGGGGGCGGCAGGGGGAAACCUGUCCUCACAGUGUGUCAGAGCAGCCUGGGAGACAAGCUACCAGUGGAAAGGAGAGAGAGUCAUGGCCGAGGAGAACUGCUUCAAGGUGAUGUUCCUCCAAAACGCAGGUCAAGUGACGAUGACCAUUGAACUCCUGGACACUGAGGAGGCUCAGGCUGAUGACCCCUUAGAUGUUCAGUGCCUGUCGAGCUACAUGGAGCAGUUUGUAGGAACAGAGUCGAGUCUGUGUUCUCAAGUUGACGGUUAUUUCUUCAAACCUGUAUUUCUGCCCAGGAACCUGCGUCGUUUCCGUCGCUGGCAGGUGCGGCAGGUGGAGGCGAUGCGCUGCAGGAGAGAGUGGCACCGCCAGCUUGGUGUGGAGAACGCAGGGAGUCUGGACUGUCGAUUUAAACUCAACACUCACAAGAUGGUGUUUGUGAUGAACUCUGAGGAUUACAUGUACCGCAGAGGAGCGCUGGUCAAGGCCAGGAAGUCGCAGCACAGAGUGGCAUCGGGCCAGCACGAACGUUUUGACAAGUGGCACCAGGGCUGGCUGGCCAAUCACGUCACGGCCUCAGCUGAACGCUCAGUGCAGAACUGGCUAAUGGGAGAGGAGGAGGAGGACAUGAUGCCCUGCAAGACUACCUGCUUGCCGACUGAAGUGAAAGGGCAAAUGGUGAACAGAUACAAAGUUCAUUACAGCGGUAGCAAAGCCCCGGCCUCACCCUAGAGACCUGCAAAAAGAUGGACACAGUACGCACACAUACACAGGUAAAUGCAUGGACAUACAGGAAAUUCCUACACUAAACACAGACAUAAACAGCUGCAGUCCUACUUCUCCACCUUCUUCAACAAUGUGUUCACUCAUUCACUUCCACUGAUGGGUGAAGAAACUGGAGUGAGUGAGUGGGUGCACAGCGAAGGGAUGAUGUGGAGGAAAGGGACCAACAGAGACAGUGAAGUAAUCAAUGAGAGUGAACUCGGCCCUGAUUGACGGGAAGAGUUGGACACGGCGGCACAAACGUCAGCAGCAUCAUCACCAUUAUUCUAGCUUCUCUGGUGGCACUAAGCGUUGAUGAGACUGAAGGACACGGACAGUUGACCAGGUGAGAAGUUCUGCGAUCAUGGAAUUUGUUUCAGAAAUGUGAAUGUCUGUUUCUUUUUCUUUCUUUUUUUAAGUCGAGUGUAGUUUUUAGCUUCUAAAGCCAGAGAGCCUUCUGUUUGUUGGUUGGUUGGUUGCUUGAUUUCUGCGUGUUUAUAUGGAGAGAUAAUGGUAAACGUGUGUAUGUAUGUGUAUCCCGCUCUUCAUUUUGUCUGUAUGCCCAGUGCAGGCUAUACAACUCUAGUAAUGGCAUUAUUACUGUACGUGCAUAUAUACAACAGGGGUCCUGCAUUUUUAUAUAUGCAUCUACACGAGUUGAAUGAAGCAUCUUAAGAUCAUGUGGUUCUUUACAGUGUUUGCUGUCAGCCAACUCUUGAUGUUUGCAUUCUGUUUUUUGUAUUUUUCCCUUUUUUUGUGUUGUAGCUAAAUAAGACAUCACCAGGGCAACAAGGAGUCCUUAAAAGUAAUUGGUUUAAUAUGGAUGAAGCAGUCAAAUUAUGUAUCAUAUUCAUGAUACUAAAUGUUUACUUUGUAUUGUCUUUUUUUGCAUACUGACAUUGAAAAUAAAGCAAAAUAUCAGUGUUAAAAUAGAAUGUAUAACAUUUAUCCUGUAUCAGUUAUCACAAAAUAAACAACCUAGUUGUGACCUUCUUAGA